CCGUUCCUACGUAUGUCAUGUCACGAGGGGCUGGCUGCAACUUGCAUAACCCCGAAGCAGGGUUGGGAAUGUUUGGGGCCGAUCCGUCUUCCGUCUACGUAAGCCCAGCUCACGCGUUGCCGCUUACUUCAAAUCCCUAGAACGUCACUUGGACAUGCGCUGCGUCGAAACCGAUUGUAGCGUUCGCAGUACAGUAUAAAGUUCGGCACGGACCACCCUCUGGUCUCUUCCGCCGCAACUUCCCACGCAUCUCGAUAGGUUGCGCAUUCACCGUGUUCAGAUAGCCGCAUUUCAGUAAGACCGCCCCGCUCGCGACGAUAUCCUUUUCCAACUCUCGAAAUCCAGGGCACAGCGUCCGGAGUCAAAUUACGGAAACGCAGGAACGCGUCGCGCACACGUCCUCCGAAUCCAAAGCGCGCAUUCGUGGGCUCUCCCCCCCAGCGUCGGCGUCAGCGUCAGUUCAGCAAUCCCGCCGUGUACAUACAUAUAUAUAUUCGAUGACGGAGUACCAUACCGCCAAUGGCCCAUUCCCAAAUCUGGGUCGAGACUCAGCUCACAAGCACCGCCACUCUAGAGAUCGAACGGAGGACCUCGAGGCUCUCAGGUGGACGCUGUCGUCCCUCCCGCUCGACAGCCACCCAUCACCGUGGAGUAUUGCGAAACCAAACGCGGAGCGACAGGCAUCUCAUCAAGAUGGAAGCCUACCGACUGUAACAACAGAUACCUCCGCUCGUAGUCAGGAAGGACCGUCGGCGUCACCGUCAACGGUAGGCAAAUCGCUUGAUCAGCUACCCAAGUCCUUCGAAAGACCGACGUCUCUUGGCUCCCCGGAUUUGCUCCCCGCAUCGCGGUAUUCGGCGAUCGUCAAAGCUGCUGUAACAAUUCAGCGCGCAUUUCGGCGGAGAAAAGCUCAGCAACUCCCGCAAAUCGCCGCCGCUGUCAAGAUACAAGCCGCAGUUCGAUCUCAUCUGACAAGAAAACAGAUCCUUUUGCAGAUUCACGCCCAGAAUGCUGUUCUCCACAGGGAGCUCGCGGAGAGGAAUGCCUUCAUCUCUCGGCACGCUGUGGAACUCACAAUGCGGAACAACAUGAUCGAGCAGUUCGGAAAGACGAUUGCCAACUUGCGUCGGCAUGUGGCAGACACCUCCUCUUCUUACGAAAUAAAAUUGGACGUAAAGGAGAAGCAAGUGGAGCAGCUUGAUCGCGAUCUGCAGACUGCACUUCGAGAGUCCAACGAGCUCAAGCUUAGCCUGGAGGCCAAUGCUGCAGAAUACGCAAAAAUGGCCUGGGAGAUGAAAGACCAGAGCUUCCACGGAUCUCACAUUAGCCAGUAUAACGGCGACAUACAACGCGAGUUAGAAAGCGUGCGAUGUGAGCUCUCAGAGACCAGAUCAUAUAGAGCAGCGGACAACAUCAGACUAUCUUUGAAAAAUAAAGAGAUACAGGAACUCCGCGGGCAGAUGAAAGAAGUGCGGCGCUCCCUUGAAGCCGAGCUGGCAACGAAGAAUACCGAGAUCGACGAGCUCCGCAUCAGAAUAUCCCGUCUGCAAACCCAGCAUGGCCCGCCACCACUGACCCCACUUGAUACCGACCUACCGCCUCGUGCCCCUUCCUCGGCCAGCGCUCACAACCCUCCCUCAGGUUCCGUCAAAUCGAUUUGGGGCAGUUCAGAUCAACAUGUGCACCCAUUCGGACUGUAUUCGCACGAUCAAAUGUCGUCGGACACUCUGUACAGCAAUGGCAGUAGCAAGGGCAGCACCCCAAUAAUCGAACAUGGACCGGCCUCAUUCAAAUCCUACAACAUGAAUGACAAUGCAGUGAAUGGCAGAGGAAUAUGGAACCCGAUUGCGUGCGACUUGGAUUUCUUGAACAUGUCCCCCGCCAUGGUACCCAUGUCGGCGGAGUCCUUGGCAGACAUUUAUGGGGAUGCACCUCAUUCGCGGGGAGGGGAUGGCAUGGGCGAUGCCGAAGAUUUUUCUCAAUAUGGGCAGAACGCCUUGAGUACAAGACUCGUGCCUGGAGCGCAAGAAAAAAACACGUCCGCAAACUUUUAUUAUCUUGUGGACAAAAUCGUGCGCACGAAUGAUCAGCCGGCCUCCCUUCUCCUUCAGCAAAAGCUCAAAACUGGUGGCACCGACGUCAAGAACAUGAUUUUCGAUGCUAUCUUGGGACAAGCUAUUAGUCUUAUUAAGAACCGCUUCGGAAACUUCUUGAUGCAGAGAGUCCUUGAAUUUGGUACGCCACAGCAAGUGCGUGUACUGGGUCAAACCUUGCGGGGCAAUGUAUUAUGCCUCGCUUGUGAUCGUUUCGGCUGUCAUGUGGUGCAGAAGGCUUUGGAUACAGUGGACGAGGACCUGAAAACCCUUUUAAUCUCCGAACUAUUCCGUUGUGUGAGGGAAACCAUAACGCACAGAUUUGCAUGUCACGUUUGGCAACGCAUAUUUCAAAUCAAGUGGAGCGGGGAACCCCCGGCCGUCAUGCACUAUCUGGAUGCGGCGUUGAAGGGGCAAUGGCAUCUCAUCGCGAACGAUGAGAACGGUAGUUUGGUUGUUCAAUGCAUCUUCGAGAAUUGCGGCCAAAAAGAAAAAGGACCUAUCCUUUGCGAAGUAUUAUCAAGAACGGUCGAGGUCGCAAGAGGACAAUGGGGAAACUGGGUCAUUCAACACAUUCUAGAGCACGGAGCUCCGGUGGACCGCAACUAUGUGAUGACCAUUCUGGUACACAACUUCUUCCCGAUGGCGAUCGAUCAAUACGCCAGCAAAGUCGUGGAGAAGGGUUUGAAGCUUGCGCCGAAAAGGGAAAUGUAUGAGAUGAUAGAGACAGUUCUGUCCCCCGGCGGAGGAGGUCGUCCGACGAUUCUCGAAAUGAUGAAUAAUCAGUUCGCCAACUACGUUGUCCAGCACAUUCUCAACCUUGCGGAUCCAUUGCAAAAGGACAUAUGCGUGCGCUUGCUUCUCCCUCAUGUUUCAACUCUGAGAAACUCCAAGUACGGACAGCGAGUAGCCGCCAUAGUUGAAAAGCACAUUCGGAACAGUCAUCAGAAGUUUGGUCUCGGAGCAACUUCGGCCGCAGCAGGGUUGAUUCCUUCCUCUCUUACCAUGGGUAUCACUGCUUCAUCACACUCCAUUGGGCUCCGUGGGUGAACGAAACGCGCCAGAACCGUGAAUUUAAACAUGCAGCCGACCGAGGGAAGGACUGAUUAUCAGGAUUUUCUCAACGACCUUGAAUUUACAUCGGCUCCGGGUCUGAUGCCGGAUUAUAUCCUUUUGGAAAGGAUGAAACCGUGUCUCACCCAUGACAAUCCGAUGCCUUUUUGGACUUAUAGAUAUCAUUUCCCACCUUCCUACCCUUAUGUGCUUAUAUAACUUAAUAUUGUACGUAUCGAAAGCACUGUACCAAACAAAGAACA